UCGGAAGUAGUGUAAUUUAAAUUUGAAACUCUGGGUGUGCCAAAUCCAGUUCCGUAGAACAUGUCCAAGCCGGCUGUAAAGGAACGCAAACCCGGAAACCGAAGAAUUCCGCGAUCAAAGAGUUUCGAUAGCCUGCCGAGUGGUUCGAAAAGGUACUUGAACAAAUCCUAUCUGUACAGGGAUUCCGCAGAUACCUUCGAACGGAGGUCGAGUUCAUCCAAUGAUCAGUAUCGGAAUUGCAUGAAUUCAACCCGCUCGGAAAAUGGUUACGAGGCGGGUUUGGAUACCGAUGAUGCCAUCGAUGAGGACAGGGAUUCAAUUGCGGCUGCCUACUUGAGAAGUCGAAGUCGUCUCAGUUCGUUGAACUCCUUUGUCCAGCCGGAACCGAUUCCCUCCCAUCGAUUUGGGAGAUUUUUCCGUGCCCUCGGUCGCAGUUUGCACCACUGUUCGUUGAGGAUUGCCGCAGGAUUUGGUUUGAGUCACCAGCAGGCCGCCUGGUACAAGAAUUGCUGGCAAAGUCCGGGCUCAAGACCCAAAGGAAUCCAUCUGUUGGGUCCCCAAAGGCUUAUAAACCAUUCCAUACCGAAUUCCAGGGCGAAUUCCCCAGAAAAACCGAGAGCAAUCGAAAGUUCUACAACUCUAUAAAAAGUGGUUAAGGAAGUUUUUUUUAAAUUCUAAAAGAAAUCAAUCUAUCAAUGGACUACCAAGAACUUAAUUGAUGUCUUAAGAAUUCAAUUCAAUUAUUUCAUUUAAAUAUGAUUGCAAUUUAUUGUGAUUUCUCUGAUUCAAAUACAAAUAAAGCCGACUCACUUUGUUGUAGGAAGUCAAGCCGUGCAAAUUAAUCAAUUAUUGAGACUUCCCCCACAACAAAGUGGACUUUCAAGCCGAAACAAAUCGAUUGAUUUGCAGAUGAUGAUUGACAUGACAAAGCAGAACAGAAGUUGAAUAACAUUUUGAUAGGAUCAUAAUGCGCAUAAUUGCUAUACGCCAGCGCACAUAUUGAUACAGAUACAAUCCAAAUAGAUACACAGCCCGAGUUUGGCCAGAUAGCAUUAUUGUUUGCCAAGCACUAAAGCACAUUAAAGUGUGCAAUUAUUUGAGCUGAAGUCCACUACUCGGUGCGACUGCUGUGAUCAAUGGCCAAUCGAGUACGUGACGCCAACACUUUGUACAAAUAAAACAGUUGAUGAAGUCAGGAAGUUCGCAGAAGAGAUCUGUGAUUCGACGAUGAUGGCGCAGGGGUUCAUGGAUCAAGAUUACCAAACGGAAAUGCUAUAAAUAAAAAUCAAUAAAUAUAUUUGAAAAAAUAACAAGGGGAUUACUAAUAAAAUUUGGCAAAAGCUUA